CUAUGCAGGCCUCUCUCUCUGUUUCUGUCCGCCCCCCUCCGUCUCUCAGACUCUGGUUGUUCAGCACACAGGUAGGUCUCCGCUCUUUCUCCUGCACUUCUGUGAGUUCGUCUCUGAAAUGUUUCCUGAUGAACCCAAACUAAGAACACUGGGUCCUGAACUUGUCUUGACCCUCAGAUGGCAGAUCCUGACUCUCAGACUCCGGUGGAGGAUUCACAGGGGGAGCUGGAGACCGGUGUUCCCGCUGCCGGCAGCUCUGAGCCGGGGCCUGAUCCUGACCCCUCCCUGGACAUGGAGCUCCAGGCUGAAGGUCUCAGAGUCCAGGAGGGUGAGGAGGAGGAGAAAGGAGGUGCAGACGGAGAGCUCAUCAAACCCAGACCUCCUCUGCUUCACCUGCACAAAGGUACAGAAAACAGAUCUGAGAUCAAACUGAAGUUCAGGGUUCGAUUCAGUUUAACUUUUGAUUUAAAAUGUUCUGAGUGAUAUGGAUGAUUUCAGAGGUCAAAGGUCACCGGCGAAUAGGAGGGCAGAACCAAAGAGCCGUUAACCCCACGUCUCCCGCUGCAACUUCUUCAUCCACCUCUGUGAGUAAACUCUGACAACAGCCCGUCUUCACCUGCUUCAGUGUCUGCAGUGACUCCUAACAGCCACUAGAUGGCAGCUUCACCAUCAGUACGAGUGUUUUUCUCCGGUCUGGACACAGAAAAGAAAAUCAUGUUUUAUAUUUUUGUGUUUGCUGUUACUCGACCUUCACACGUCUGUGGGAAACACAGAUCUAGAGCUGAUCUAGAGCUCCCUCCUGAUCACAGGAUCACAGGUGAGACUCUGGAGAAACUCCAAACCAGGUCUGAAGCUCCUCGAUUGUCUCCAGGUGUGUGGAAAAAAGACGCUGCUGAUGUCCAACGAGGCGAGGAGAGAGAUGGCUAAGCAGGCGAGAGUCCUGAAGGAGGAGAGACGAGCCGCGCUGGACGCUCGGCACAGAUAUCUGAUCAGCAGGUUGGUGGACGCCGGGACGGUGGGGGGGCCGGAGGUGGAGGACGCCCUCCUCUCUGAUGAAAAGGUAAGAUCACAGACAUCUACAAACUCAGAGAGGAGGAUCUGACCUGAUCUGGGUCGGUCUGGGUUUAACCUUCUCUGGUUCUCGCAGUUCGGCCUGAUUGAGGAUUUCUUUGCUGCGAAUGGAUCCAGGAAGCUGAUGUUCUUCUGUCAGAGCGAGAAACAGGUUCUCCUCCUCCACCAUCUUCUUCUUCUUCUUCUAGAUAUUCUACCAUCAUGAUUUCUCUCAUCAGUUCAUCUUUAUUUUCCUCUUUUGUUCCCCAUCUCUCUUUUCUCGGUUUCAGAACCAGUCUAUCAGCUACUCCACCUCUGUGGAUGCAGCGCCCCCUGCUGCCUCUCAGAGGAAACUCUUCAUCACCACAGGCAGCUCUGAGGUAAGGGAACCAGGCGUGUGUUCAGACAGCAGUCACAGGGAGGAGCUGAGAAGAAGCUGUUUUAGAAAUAUCUCAUUUAUGGAGGUCAUGUCGGUUCUUCACUGCCUCUUUAUCUGUUUUCACUGACAGUUAAAUCGAUUUUCUGUCAUAUUUGUGCGUUUAGUCGCUCUUCUUUUAUGUUUACGGCGUCAUUGUUUAGUCUCUGAAGUCUGAUGAAGCAGGAGGGCAGCAUUAAAGCUCCUGUAAGGAACUUUCUCUUUGUUUUCAUUGGAUCUUUUCCUCGUGAGUAAAUGAAAUAUCAUCCUGACAGUCAAAUGAGGAAAUGUUGAAAACAGACUGUCUCUCCUGCUGAGCUGAAAAAUCAUUUUCUUUCUUGUGUUUGUGUAGAAAGUUUUACUCUCAAACAGACUCUCCCUCUGCCUCCAGUAAAGAUAAACGAACACGGAUCGUUCUGUUCAGGUUUCAGUCGAACCUCAGUGCGGCUCGUGUCCACCAUUGUCCGUCCUCAGAGAUAAUAAGAGCUCUGGUCGAGUCUAUUGUGUUGUCAUGACAGAGAAUCGGUGUUUGUUUUUGGUGCUUGGUGAGGAGAUACCGAACACCUUCAGGGAACACAGAUCCUUAGAAGGACCUUAAAAGUGAUAAAAGGACAGAGAUCACACAACUCUCAUACUGAACUGAAAGCCAAGGAAUAAAACUGAGUUUUAAAAACCUCCUGAACUCCAAAUAGAAAAUGUCAGGUUCAUAACUAAAGUUGCUUCAGUCUGAUUUUCCACAGCAGAGGAAACUUCCUCUUCACUGUCUGACCUCAAACACGUCUGAUCCACAUGUUUCUUCUUUGUUUUUCAGCCUCUGCUGGGGAGGUGUCUGUUCUUCCUGAGGACCACAGAUAAGGCCAUAACUACAGCUAACGUUCAGCAGGUCAGUGACAUUAAAGGGGUAUUCUGGUGUAAAUUAAUUUAGGGUCAAACCCACCGUAACACAGAGUUAGACCCCCCCUCCAGAGAUUAAUGUUGUCGACCGCUUACUUCUCUAGUUAUACCAACUUAAGUAACGACCGCAGGAUAGAAACACAGAGAGCCACGCCCUCAACCAAAACGCCACUCUAUAGCCACAAAUAAUGCUCAGAACAGCACCUAACUUCAUCAACAGGACAUAUAGGGUCACAGACAUAGUACUAGACACCAAACAUCUUUUUAACUUUGACUCAUUUCUUUAGCAAAGAGACUAAACACAACUCACCUACUCUCUUCCAGCAGACGCUUGUUUGUAGAGAGACCUCAGGCCAGUCCAUUACAGACUACAGCGGGGUGCCGCAGCUCAAGGAAGAACAUUUAUGAUCAUUUCUUCAUCAUUUCCUUGAAGUAAUAAUCACCAUAUUAAUCAUUUUACAGACGCUGUAGUUCUUCUGUCUUAGCGUCUCGGUCUGAUUGUAUUUCCAUGAAGAAAUGAUCAUAAAUGUUCUUCCUUGAGCUGCGGCACCCCGCUGUAGUCUGUAAUGGACUGGCCUGAGGUCUCUCUAAUUUUACGCCGGAACAUCCCUGUAAAGCGGGGGGCUGGAUGGACCUGGUUCAGUCCACAUGUUGGUGAAACUGUGUGUUUCUGUAUCGUCUACAGGAAGUGAACUUCGGCUGGUUGGACUGCAGUGACGGCAGCUUCCUGAACAGUCUGGAAACUCUGCUGACUCAGAUUAUGGUCCCGGCUCUCCGUUCUCAGCAGGUACACACAGAUCCUCUCACACAGACUCUUUCAGCUUCAGUGAAACCCUGUGAAUGAAAAAGCGGACUCCUCUGUGUCCAGACGUGGGGCUCUGUGCAGGAGGGGACGUCCAGCCCAGAUGUCCAGUCUUUCCUGUCUCCAGUGGACAAGUUCAUCAGUAAUCUGAGCUCCACCAGAGUCAACAUGGAGAGGAAGUUCCAGCUGCAGCAGGUCCACCUUCCGGACGCCAUCAGUCAGCUGAGCAGCCCUGCAGACUACACUGCUGCAGGUCAGAGGUCAACCAAAGGACUUUUUUAUAGACAGAGAACAUGUGCGCCAACGCUAACUGGUGAUUCUGCUUUCAGCCAAUAACAGCGAGCUGGUGGAGCGCCUGGAGGGCGUGGUCUCAGUGUGGAUCAAUCAGAUCAAGCAGGUGCUGACGGAGAGUGAGCAGAUAAGGAAGGAGGCCGAUGAUGUGGGACCUUCAGCUGAGCUGGAGCACUGGAAGAGACGCAUGGUCACCUUCAACAGGUAAACUGGGGUCAGAACCACCUGAUUAGAUCCACAUGAGGUUUCAGAACCUCAUGUGAAGGACACAUCCUCCAAACACCUGCACGUGCUCGCUGACUCGUGUUUGUGUGUGUUUCAGUCUGAUGGAGGAGGUGAAGCGUCCUCAGGUGAAAAGGACUCUGGGAGUUCUGCAAGUCACCAAGUCUCGACUGCUGAGAUCCUGGAGAGACCUGGUCAGCUCAUCAAGUCAGACUAGUUAUAGACGGAUCUGAAUCAGCACGUUUCAGGGUCUCUUUGUUGAUUGGUUGAUUUCAGGAUGCAGAUAUCACCGUCGUCGCUAACGAGGCCAAGGACAACGUGAAGUACCUCUACACUCUGGACAAGUUCUUUGGACCUCUGGGGACAUGCACUCCGGUGAGGAACCCUGUCUGUGUCUUUACCAAGUCUGUGGAGUCAAACCAACAACCCUCCUUAGACCCUCACUGUGCUGUGGUCUACACGGCUGAGUCCCAAUAAUCCGAACGCUCAACAGCUGAGUUAACGACGAGGCGUUACAGAAACACGCUCACAGAUCAGGUUAUUAGUCCGAUCAUGAUGGGGACAAAAAAAAUCAACAAAUGUUUUUUUUUCCUGUAAAUAUGGCGGUGAAGUUAGUUUCAGGUUGGAUAUAUUUUCCUGUAAAUACGGCGGUGAAGUUAGUUUCAGGUUGGAUAUAUUUUCCUGUAAAUACGGCGGUGAAGUUAGUUUCAGGUUGGAUAUAUUUUCCUGUAAAUACAGCGGUGAAGUUAGUUUCAGGUUGGAUAUAUUUUCCUGUAAAUACUGCAGUGAAGUUAGUUUUAGGUUGGAUAUAUUUUCCCGUAAAUACCGCGGUGAAGUUAGUUUCAGGUUGGAUAUAUUUUCCCGUAAAUACUGCAGUGAAGUUAGUUUUAGGUUGGAUAUAUUUUCCUGUAAAUACGGCGGUGAAGUUAGUUUUAGGUUGGAUAUAUUUUCCUGUAAAUACGGCGGUGAAGUUAGUUUCAGGUUGGAUAUAUUUUCCUGUAAAUACGGUGGUGAAGUUAGUUUUAGGUUGGAUAUAUUUUCUGUAAAUACGGCGGUGAAGUUAGUUUUAGGUUGGAUAUAUUUUCCUGUAAAUACGGCGGUGAAGUUAGUUUCAGGUUGGAUAUAUUUUCCUGUAAAUACGGCGGUGAAGUUAGUUUUAGGUUGGAUAUAUUUUCCUGUAAAUACGGCGGUGAAGUUAGUUUUAGGUUGGAUAUAUUUUCCUGUAAAUACGGCGGUGAAGUUAGUUUUAGGUUGGAUAUAUUUUCCUGUAAAUACGGCGGUGAAGUUAGUUUCAGGUUGGAUAUAUUUUCCUGUAAAUACGGCGGUGAAGUUAGUUUUAGGUUGGAUAUCUGACGGACAUUCUUUGAGGAUCUACCGGUGUCUUCUCACUCUCCAUAACCGGGAAUAACAACAGCAGCGCGGUUAAAUCUACUCGACACCCUCACUGUCAACGUCGGUGUUGAAUAAGGGACCGUCAAUAAAUUACCGGUUGAUGUUCUCAGAAAAGUCUGUUUUCCUUCAAUAGCUUCACUGUCAUGUGAUCAAAAGACCUAAAAUUGAUUUCUAAUAAUAGUACUAAGGUCGAUCAAUAAGACAAACAUUAUUGAUCAGUUUUCAUUGAUCCCCUAAAGUUCUUUGUGCUCCUUACUUUUUUAACUCAGGAGAACAUGUGAACAAAGUUAGAGUCAAACCCUGCUGCCUCUAGUGGACACUCAGGGAACUGCUUCUUCUAUUUCUAAGAGCAAAAUCAAAAUCUAACUAAAGGGGUCUCUCCUUCUGCACUGGUGGACCAUGUUUAGAGCCCCUGUUUGCAAAGCAUUCUGGGUACUGUCUUGCACUGUUUUAGCAAAAAGGAAAAUAAAGAAGAUACUUAUUUGAAGUUCUCAUGAAACCAGGAGGUUAAAGAACAGGGGGGUCAGGACUCACGGUAAAACCUGAGGAGAACCUGCAGGUCUGUGAUUAUUAAAGUGAGAAAUAGUCAUCAAGUCUGUUUGUUUUACCUCUGAGUACAAACCUGAAUAACAGCUCAGGUGAGGAUCUGAUAAAGGAGAUAAACCUCUAACCCCCCCUCGUCUGACAGACCAGUAUCCUGGACCACCUCCCCGGUCUGAUGACCAACAUCAGAAUGAUCCACACGGUGUCUCAGUGCUACAACACCUCCGAGAGGAUGACCUCUUUACUGCUGAAGAUCACCAACCAGAUGAUCACCACCUGCAGGACCUACCUGUCCCUGGGUGUGACCCGGAUCUGGGACCACAGCAGGUACCGUGGACUCUGCUGGUCCAUCUAAUCAGACCAGGUUCCGUUGAUGUGAGUGAGACUUGACAAAAGUGCGUGCAUGUGUGUGUUACAGGCCCGAGCUGCUGCUGCGGAUCUCCCACUGUUGUAAACUGAAUGUGGAGUAUCAGAGGAGCUUCCAGGCCGUCAGGGACAAACUGAGAGAACAUCCUGACAACAGAGAGCUGGACUUCAGGUGAACAUGAGCCGCAGACAUGUGGCUUUUUUAUUUUUGCAUCCUUUUAUUUUCGCAGUAAGUAACUUCUUUUUUUUUUUUAAUCUACACAGUUUAUUUUUUCGGUAACUUCCGUUGCGACCUCUUUUUUAUUUGCAGAAGUGGCGGUUCUCGGCCACCCUACAGAACAAUCAUCUAUUAAAUCUCCCGGUGUGUCUUUACUGGUUUCAGUGAGAAUUACAUCUUCGGGAAGUUCGACGCCUUCUGCAGGCGUCUGGAGAAGAUCGCUGACAUGGCGUCCACGCUAGAGAGCCUGGCUGCUCUAUCGAACAUGAAGGUGUGUUUCUGUAUAAAUCCGUUCACAUUUAACAAAACUAAGAUAGAGAUUUUAUUCAGAGUGGAGGUGUUUUUAUAUCUCUCCAUCACCGGUUCACGGGAACAUCAGAGUGAUCACCUCUAUAAAGCUCAUGCAGAGUGGUUUCUGUUCCAGGUGGAGGGUAUCGACAAGAUUUAUGUUCGCUAUCAGACCAUCAUCUCCACGACAAAGUCCAGAACCUACGACAUCCUGGACCAUCGCAAACCAGAGGUCAGAUGAUAUAAAUCAGUAUGAAUAUAAGGAUAAAUAUAUAUAUAUGAGUAUAAAUUCUACAGUGUGAGGUUUAUAAAUGAAGACAACAUCGACACUCUCCGCUUGUUCUCAGUCUCAGACUCAGGAUCAGGUAAAGUCAGAGACCUUCACACCUGCAGCUCCAGGUUUCAGGACUUAAACUUGAACCGGGUUGUUUCUUUUUAUGUGUCCCAGUUUGAAAGAGACUACGCAGACUUCAAGCUCCAGGUCCAGGGUUUGUUCGAGUCUCUUCAGUCUCUGCUGGACUUUUGGUUCCAGCGGUCUCUCACUGUAAGUUCAUCACCAACAUCAGAAGAACCUGGAGGUUAGCAUGGCGGCGUUUAACCUUCAGUCUCAACAUGUGUUUGUGUUUCAGACGCAGCGGAUGCUGGAGCUACUGACGGUGUUUGAGUCCGGUCCAACAGCUGCUCUGGACCUCAGGAAGUACCACCUACAGCUGCUUCAGCGCUACAGCAGAGAGCUGGAGCUCCUGAGAAAGACCUACCAGAGACAGAGGGAGAGUCCACCUUUGGGACGGAACCUGCCCCCAGUAAGACCACGCCUCCGUCCACCUGUCUGUCCCACUGACUCUGUGGCUUUAACACCAACAGAAUCAAACAUGGUGUUCCUCAGGGCUCAGUCCUCGGUCCUCACACUGUCUCACUUGUUAUGCAGAUGAUGUUUUUCAUUUAACGCAGUUACAUAGACCUCUGCCCAGAUUAUUGGAUCAGUAGAUACUGAUACUGAUAGUCUAUAUCAUAUAUGAUACAGAUGUCAGUCAUGUCUUAGAUCAGAGCGUUUCUAUCCUCUAAGAUCUUUAGGACUUUAUUUUUAUCUUUAGGACAAAAACUCAGACGAGCAGACGAUCUAAAGAUUCUACAGAUAUGACAGGAUGAUAUCAGGACUCCUUCACCCUCUCACUCAGUCUGUUUCCAUGACACUCGAGAAAACCGAAUUAUCGCCUUAUUCCGAUUAAGACCGGACAGCUGAAGGUCAUGUAAACACUUUAGUCCGACUAUAAUCGCAGUUUGAGAACUCUGAUUAAGACACCCAGAUAAUGUGAUCGGAAUUCGAUUUUCUCUACCAUGUAACCAACGUAGUCGGAGUAUGAUCGAACAAUGCAUCUCAUCUUUAGAAAAAGUAGCGCGUCCAUCAUGUCGGACAAAAACAACGCUGUACGAUGCUCCAUCUUCUUGUUUCUCCAAAAUGCCCAGCAGCAGUUGUAGACACUUCUGACGUCUGACACCGACCUGCUGUUGUUGUUGACGGUUGGAUGGGGUCGGAAACAGCGCCGCUGAAAAGACCCAUAUCGCCCCCUAGUGUUGGGGAGGAGGACACGUUCACGUCAAUAAUUCGAUUUUCUCAGCUGCAUGUAAACGAGGACGAGGAGAGAAGUCUGAUUCAGACAAAAAGACGAAUUCUGAGUUUAGUCUGAUUAAACUGAGACUGUAAACGACCUGACUGACUUCUGACUGAGCAGACUGGAGACAGCCUUUCACACCGACCUCUCUCUCUUUUUUAGGUAGCGGGCAGGAUCCUGUGGUGUCGUCAGAUUUUCAGGAAGAUUGAAGCUCCCAUGUUGAUCCUGAAGAAGAAGCUGGACGUCCUCAAAGUAGGAACUCUGGUUCUACAGAUGAUCAUAAACCUGAUCCUCAUGAUCUGAGCGAGCCGUCUGAUUUCUCCCUCUGUCAGGGACCGGAGAUGACCAAAGUGAUCAGGAGCUACAACAGGUUGGCUGGGGUGCUGCUGCAUUAUGAGCUGGUGCACACAGAGGGGUGGAGCCAGGCUGCAGAGGGUGUGCCACACUGUCUUAGCUCCGCCCUCCUGGUCCGACAUGAGAGUAACAAGGUGCAGGAUGAUGAAAUGAUCGUUUCAGAGAACAUCGUCUCACCACAGCAGGGUGACACCUCAAACAUCUCCAAAGUUCAGACCUUCAGAGCAGCUGUGAGGAUCUCUCAGCUGGUUUAGACUUUGGUUUCAUGUUUUCAUUUCAGAGACCUAGUUCUGGAUUUAGUUGAUCCAGUUUAAGUUUACUGACAGGGCAAAAGGGAGCCAGAUUACCUGAUCCUGGGUACUAAAACCGGGGUUUUGAUAACCCCCCUGAGUUUAUCUGCCAGGAGUGAGAUCUUUGGAGAUGUUGACCACCACACAACUGGAGGUACUUGCAUGAUAAUGUGAAGAACCGUGUGUUUCCUCAUCAGGUUUUUGUGAACCUGGAUCCUGUGGUGCUGGAGGUGCUGCAGGAGGUCCACUGGAUGACCAAGCUGGGGGUCCCUGUCCCGAAGGUCAUCACAAAGAUGAGCUCAAGAGGAGCCCACCUCCAAACUCUGUACAGGAGGUGAGCAUCUGCUGGAACUCCCCUGAUUCAUGGAUCAUAUUUGAUCCUUCGUUUUCAGAACUUCGAAGGUUCCUGCAGUUUGGAAUCACCACGACCUCGUUUACAGGAGUUUUCAGAUGGUGUGAGGACAGAUCCGACCAACUCAGCCUCAUGGAUUCAGAUUAAAACUGAAGAGCUCUGAAAGUUGGUCUUAUGGUAACUUGGGUCUGCAGAGUCCAGCCCUGACCAAAGCUGACACCCUAAUCCCCCAACUUCAUCGAGUGUCCAGGUGUCACGGACGUCGACUCUAACUUAGUCAUACCUUCAGAGUUCAUUUGAAUAAGCGACGUGAAUCCAGAUUCCUUUAAUCCUGAUUAAAGUAGAGUGUCUGAUAUGUUCACUCUUAAUCCAGAUGAGGAGGUUUGAGUUCAGUCUGCAGGAUUAUUUACACUGAGGGUGAUCGUCAGCACAGCUCAGGAGGUUUCAGUUCCUUGGAUCAGAAGUCGAGGUUUUCUUCUCUUCAUGUUUUUCUCGAUGAUUCCUCUGAAGUCAGUCUUCAGCACGUUGGAUCUCCUCAGUGCUUUAGUUGAGCUGACUCUCCUCCUCAGGCUGCUGGAGAUGCUUCAGGACUACAGUUCAGGGGUCGCAAAGAUACCUCCGUCACUCCUCCCUCUGAUGCAGCCGUUCAUCGGCCGGGUGGAGGCGUCUCUCUCUCCAGGACUCACCACCCUGUCCUGGACCGCUCUCAACACUGACUCAUGUGAGCGUGCAGAGAGGAAUCAACACUUUAUGGACGUAGACAGAAUAUUUUGAUCAAUAAGGAUGAUUCCGAUCAUCCAUUGGUAACCCGUGUCCUGCUGUCAGUCAUACAGGCCGUGUACGUGGCUCUGGAGGAUCUGGAUCAGGUGUCCAAAGUCGCCUCAGACCUGUUGGAGUGUCGGAUCGGACGGCUGCUUGAGUCCAUGUGUUCCUGCUGUCUGCUGGUCCUGCCCGAGGACUCACCUGUCUCACCUCAGGAGCUCCUGCAGCAGACGGAGAGCUCGGUCCGAGCUGCUGCCGUGUCCCUGAACUGGUAAAAACUCCGUUUUAACACCGACACUCCCAUCAGGACUCAGUUACCUGAAGCUGCUGUGUACCUGCCAGGUGUGCUGCUGUCAUUGAGAUGUUCUGUUUGUUUGUGUGUGAACUCAGGCAGAGCCAGCAGGUGGAGAGGUACGUCUUUGAGCUGACUGAAGAGCUGAAGAAGAAGAUGAAGACAUCAGAGACGGUUAAUCUGGAGGUAAAACACGACACGUGGACUUUAAGGUGGUCUUCAUCUCUGUGGGCCUCUUCUUCAUUCUUCUUCUUCUUCUCCUUCAGGAGCCUUUUCAGUGCCUCAAUCCAGACUCCAAACAGAAGACUCGCUGUCAGUCCUGUCUUCCAUGUCGCUUCUACAACCUGAUUGGUCACCUGUGUCAUCGUAACACUGAAGCCCUGGUUAAAGGUCAGACCUCUCUCCUUCUGUGUAUCAAAGACCAAGAAAUAAAGUGUGUGUAGGAACCAGUCCAGAACCAAAGACCCGAGUAAAUCUGCUCCUGUUUGGACCUGAACUUUGAACCCGUCUCCUCUGAGUUCACUAAUCGGCGCUUUUCCUCCCAGCAACCAAAUCUUCUCUGGACGCCCUGAGGAGGAGACUUCACGUCACCAAAUUUCAGCCUUCCUCCUCUUCCUCCUCCACCAGCAGCCAAUCAGCUCCUCCUCCUCCUCCUCCUCUCUUUAGAGCCUCCAUGCAGCUCGCCAUCCCCAACAUCGUCCUCAGACCCAGUCUGGACGACAUCCAGGUACUUUGAUAAUGCUUCUUGGUCCGAGCGAUAAAUACCUCCUCUCUCAUCCUCUGCACUGAGGAAAGUCCAAACAGCGACUUGAGAAGAAAGCUGUCUCCUUCUGAUGUUCUUGUGAUGUUCUCCUCCUCACUUACAGGUCAUCAGUUUGCUGAAAUAGUUCCUCCUGCUUUUGCUCUCCAUACUCUCUGUAGACUCCAAAGCCUGCUGGUCAGACCUUUAAGCACGCUGGUAUUACCUCUUCUGUGUGUGUGUGUGUGUGUGUGUGUGUGUGUGUGUGUGUGUGUGUGUGUUUCAGAGCACAGUGAACAGGAUGGUGAGCGUCGUGUUGACGGUGACCAAGGACAUCCCCUUGUGGACUUUCGCUCACCUGCAGUACAAACAGCAGCAGGUACGCCCGUCACUCAGCCCAUUCAUAUUCAACACCAGCUGCCAGUCAGCCAAUCACAGGCCAGUAUUUCUGUCUGCCAGGUGGAGCAGGCGGCGGUCAGAGAUGGAGGAGACGAUAUCCCGGUGAAGCCGCCCGUGCUGAGGCCUUUAGAGCGACAGCUGGCUGAACACAAAGACAUCACCAAGUCCGUCCACCGAUCCUCCCACAUGUUUUUUUUUAUAAUAAUAAUAAAGACGAUAAAAAUAACAAUAAUAAUAUAAAGACGACGUUUGUCUUUAAACCGUGUCCAUCAUGUCUCUGAACUCUGGAGCAGGGCGGUGAUGCAGCUCGGCUCCAUCGUCUCCUCUCUGAGAACUCAGGCUGCUGAGACUCUGGACCAGCUCUCCCACUUCUCCACCCUCUGGAACCAGGUCAGUGUGUGUCAGUGUGUGUCAGUGUGCGUGUCUGCAUGUGUGUAUGUGUGAACCUAAUAUCUGUGUGUAUGUCUUUAAGGACCCGGAGGAGCAGGUCCAGACUUUCCUGCAGUCGGAGCCCUCGCUCACAGAGUUCAGCUCUCAGAUCUCCUUCUACUCUGUGAGUCUGUAACACAAACUCUAUUAUUUUAUAUCUAUACGUGACACGGCUCUGUUCCAGGUAGAGGUUCUGGUUCAGUCCCUGAAGUCCACUUGGAUGUUUUAGGUUUAAGAAGUAAAGCCACAAACUUCAGCUCUUUGGUACUGUCAGCUCUGAACUACUCCACCAAAAGAAGUCCAUGACCAGAUUUACUCACCCUCCGUCAGUUCACAUCUUUUAUGGUCUCGACUUCUACUUUCAGAUCUCAUUCAUUUAGUAAAUUAUGGUCCCAGGGGGGUUUUAGGGCAGGAGUAUCUCAGUUUGAUUCACCUUCAUGUUAAAGUCUCUGAAACCGUAGAAGAACCUUGACUGAGUCUAAAACCCGAGAGACCAGAGAAGACCUGUUGGUCCAGGUAAGUUCACAGAUUUUCAGUUUUCAUUCACCAGUCCCUGAGAGGCUCCAACACCACAAACUCAGACCAGAGGUUCAGGGUCAGGGACUGAAUCAGCUGAGGUAAAACCUAGCAGACAGCGAGCAGCUCCCACCUGUCACUCAAACAGGCCACGCCCCCAAUUAUAGCUAUUUUUGGUCUUUAAUCUGAUUCAAACAGGAGAGUUAUGUUCAAAUUCAGGUCCUACGCUAAUGAGUCUCCUGACUCACUUUAGGAGACAGCCUCUAGUGGACACUUCAGGAACUGCAGCUUCAGUCAGUCCCCCCCUGAACUCCAGGAGCUGCUGCUGGAGUUAAAAAUGAUCAUGACGAGGACUGUCCAUCAUGAAGAUGUUUCAAAAACCUUCAGACCAGACUGAAGUUCGGUGCUCUCUUUACCCAUGAUGCCUUGCUCUUCUUGCAGAAACUGGAGGUGCAGAUCUCUGAGCUCCCCGCGUCUUUCAUGGUGGGUUCGGUUCUCUUUGACACCGACCAGCUGAAGCUGGCGCUCAGUCAGGAGUGUCGGCUCUGGAAACGAGCCUUCGGCGCCGCACUGAACCGCCGAGCGUCUGCCGACAUGGAUGAGGUUUUCUCAUUUGUCGACACGCUGACAAAGCGACUGCAGCGUCCAAUCACAGACCUGGAGGAUGUCAGGGGAGCCAUGGCAGCACUGCGAGAGGUCAGCCGGCCUCUGAUUGGCUGUUUUUUUCCCAUGAUUCUUCCAUAAAUAAGACCAGGAGUAUUUCUGAUCACGCACUGAUUCGUUUCAGUCGAGUUUCCUCGUUAGAGAGGUCCGUCGUUUGUUUGUGGUUCAGUUUUUCACCCUCGUCCCUGUUGUUUGAGGUUCGGGAGGAGGAGGUUCGUAUCGACGCCACGAUUGGUCCAGUGGAGGAAUCCUUCGCUCUGCUCAACAAACACGAGCUGUUCUUCAGCGACGGGAACGCCGAGCGCGUGGACAGCCUGAUGUACGCCUGGAGAAACCUCAACGUGCUGGUGAGACGAGGAAACGGGGUCACACAAAAGAGUCACUGUUCCCAGACUGAGAACGCAGAAAGAGAGAGAGAGCGACCCUGAAACUGUUUUAUAUUUUUAAUAGAUGAAGGAGUUAAAUAUGAGAGCUGAUUAAAAAAAAACACGCCGACAAAAAUUCUGCUUUAAAACUUCAAAAACAAAAUUCUGAGACCAAAAUUUAGUUCAGUUAUUGAAACUUUUUCUGGAUUUUCAAAAGUUUUAAACUGACCAAACUAAAGAGAGACGCUCUGCAGUGAAGGAUUGUGGGUACUGAAAUCAUGUUUCAGGUGGAUCAGAACCAGAACACUCUGGUGAGGAUCCAGCCCCGUAUGAAGGCAGACCUACUGUCGGCCGUGCAGAGCUUUCAGAUCCACGUUCAGAGCUUCUGCGGCGAGUACAACCACAGGUAAGCCAACGGGUCAAAGGUCAAACCUGUACCCUGUGAGAUGACAGGUAAAGACCCACACCUGUGUGUCGGCAGGGGUCCGGGGAUGGAGGGCGUGGCUCCGGCUGAAGCCAGCGAGCGGCUGCAGAGUUUCCAGGCGGAGUUUGAUCAGCUGUGGAGGAACUACACCACCUACAGCGGGGGGGAGGAGCUGUUCGGACUUCCUGUUAACGGUGAGGUCAGAGUCUGAAUCAGUCAGGGACAGAAAUGUCGCCGAUCCGGUCCUGACUGACGGACCCCCCUCCUCCUUUCAGAGUACCCUGAGCUGCAGAGGAUCAAGAGGGAGCUCUCUCUGCUCUCCAAACUUUACUCUCUCUAUAACGCGGUCAUCGACAGCGUGGCUGGAUACUAUGACAUCAUGUGGGCGGAGCUUAACAUCGAGAAGAUCAACACUGAGCUGCAGGACUUCCAGAACAGGUACAGGACCAGGAAGAGACCCUGGUUGGAUUGGUUUGUGAACUGGUGGUCAACAGUUGAUUGAUUGAUUGAUUGAUUGAUUGAUUGAUUGGUUGUUCAGUUGAUUGAUUGAUUGAUUGAUUGAUUGAUUGAUUGAUUGAUUGAUUGAUUGAUUGAUUGAUUGAUCAGUUGAUGGAUUGAUUGAUUGAUUGGUUGAUUGGUUGUUCAGUUGAUUGGAUGGCCGGUUGUUUGGUUGAUAUGUUUAUUGAUUGAUGAGUCCAUUGUUUAUUGAUUUGUUGGAUGGUUCACCUGUUGUUUGAUUGAUUCAUGAGUUGACUGUGUGAAAUGUUUGAUUGGUUGGUCAUGUGUUUGAUUAGCUGGUUAAUUGGUAAUGAUUUGAUUGGUUCUAGGAUCCGUAAGCUCCCCAAAGCGUUGAAGGAGUGGCCGGCUUUCAGAGAUCUGAAGAAAACCAUCGACGACUUCGCUGAGAGCUGCCCGCUGCUCUACAUGAUGGCCAACAAGGUAACAGCUGAGCUCCACAAAACCGUGGUUACAUGAGCGGGAAAUUAGCUUCUCAGGUUUCAUACUUUCACCCCAGAACUCAGAAGAACCUCAGCACACAACUUUUAAACAUCUGAACCCGACGUCUGGAGAAAACACCUCCAGGGUCGAUCGUUACAGAUCCACACGUUGAAGUCGUGUUUGUGUUCAAAUAUUUAGUCGCUCCUUUUUAAUGAACUGUAACCGUCUCAGGCCAUGCUGCCCCGACACUGGACCCGCCUCAGUCAGCUGACCGCUCACAGCUUCCAGGUGGAGUCGGAGAGCUUCGCCCUCAGAAACAUCAUGGAGGCCCCGCUGCUGAAACACAAGGAGGACAUAGAGGUACCUGAGAGGUUCUGAUUCAGAUCUUUAACAUUUUCAACUCAUCUGCAGAAAUCUCCCUCUCUCUGCUGACACAUGCCGAUCAUAUUCCGAUCAUAUUCCGAUAAUAUUCCGACUUCUACGAUAACCUGGAAAAUAAACGACAUUCGAACACUCAUCAGUCUCACUGUUCACCUUGUCUCUCAGGAUGUGUGUAUCAGCGCGGUGAAGGAGCGGGACAUCGAGGCCAAACUGAAGGACGUGAUGGCCGAGUGGAGCAGCCACACGCUCACCUUCGCCCCCUUCAGGACCAGAGGAGAACUGCUGCUGAGAGGAGCCGACACAGCGGAGAAAAUCUCCAUGAUGGAGGACAGUCUGAUGGUGCUGACGUCUCUGCUGAGCAACAGGUGAGGAGACGAGGGCUUAAGCUAGGAAGGAAAGGAAACGAAGGAGGUAAUGGAGGUGAAAACUUACAGAAACGGGACUGUGGUCUCUCCUCCUGCAGGUACAACGCUCCCUUCAAGCCGUCCAUCCAGCUGUGGGUCCAGAAACUCUCCAACACCUCUGAGAUCAUCGAGAAGUGGCUGUCGGUUCAGAACCUCUGGAUCUACCUGGAGGCGGUGUUUGUGGGCGGAGACAUAGCCAAGCAGCUUCCUCAGGUCCUGAUAAAACCUCAGUCUUCUGAACCAGGAUGAACUCUGAGUUUUUUAUCCCCCUGAUGGAUUAAAGUUUGUCUUUGACUCGUGCAGGAGGCCAAACGUUUCCAGGGCAUCGAUAAGUCAUGGCAGCGGAUCAUGCAGCGAGCGCACGAGCUCCCUAACGUGGUGCAGUGCUGCGUGGGAGAUGAGAUGCUCAGUCAGGUGCUGUCUACGUGAACCUGGGUGACCCCUCAAACCUUCUGUAGCUCAGAGUCUUUCAGUUCCAAACAUCAGAUACUAACAGUGUUCUCAUGUCUUCCUCUCCUCCUCCAGCUGCUCCCUCACCUCCUGGAGCAGCUGGAGCUCUGUCAGAAGUCUCUGUCAGGUUACCUGGAGAAAAAACGGCUGGUGUUCCCGCGAUUUUUCUUUGUGUCAGAUCCCGCUCUGCUGGAGAUCCUGGGCCAAGCCUCAGACUCACACACCAUACAGGUAACACUCAGGUGAUACUUAUAUAACACUCAGGUGAUUCCUGCCCUCCGUCCUUUUCCACCUUUCUCUGUUUCCAUCUCUCCAUCUCAGGUUCAUCUGCUCAGCCUGUUUGACAACGUGGACAGAGUUGUCUUCAACGAGAAGAUCUACGACCAGAUCAUCAGUUUUCAGUCUCAGGAAGGAGAGACGGUGGAGCUGAGGCAGCCUGUCCACGCACAGGUACACCUGUACGGUUAUCUCAACAUUAAAGUACCAAAAACUGUAGUUCAACAAGUGUCCACUGGGGGCUGUGCCCAAACGUGAGUCAGUCUUCAUAGAGCCCAGUGUAAAACUGUCCACCUUACAGCAGAAAACCUGGGUCAUGACCUCUGUGAGAGAGAGAACUCCAUGGUUAAGGUUUAUGGUCAGAGUUAGACUUUAAGGGGGUCACUUUGAGACUCGUCUGUCCAGGGGAACGUGGAGGACUGGUUGGGACAGCUGCUCCUCGGGGUGAGGCAGACCCUCCACACUAUCAUCCGCCAGGCCUACCUCGCCAUCAGCGACCCGGGUAUGAAGCUGUUGGAGUUCCAGUCUGCGUUUCCAGCUCAGGUCGGUCUGCUGGGAAUCCAGAUGAUCUGGACCAGAGACGCCGAGGACGCUCUGGUCCUCAGCAAGUCGGACAAGAAGGUGCUUUUAUUUUGAAAACAGUCCCACAGAGGAAACCUGCCUCUCAUUGUUCGAUCCGCUCCUCUCAACGUGCCUGUUUCUGAUUGGUUGACAGAUCAUGCAGACGACCAAUCAGAAGUUCCUGGACCUCCUCAAUGAGUUGAUUGACAUGACAACCAAAGAGCUGAGCAGGAACGAGAGGACCAAAUAUGAGACGCUCAUCACCAUCCACGUCCACCAGAGGGACAUCUUUGACGAGUUGGUGGGUGGACAGAGAAACAGGUGGAGCCCCAGCUUACUGUUAGUCCGAGCAGAUUUCCCAUGAUGCUCUGCUUCCCCUCAGGUGCGUCUGAACGUUCGGUCUGCCUCGGACUUUGAGUGGCAGAAACAGUCCAGGUUCUACUUCCUGGAGGAGACGGACAGGUGUGUCAUCCAAAUCACAGACGUGGAGUUCAGCUACUGCAACGAGUACCUGGGCUGUACGGACAGACUGGUCAUCACGCCGCUGACCGACAGGUACGCACACACCUGGAACAAACACACUGGAUGCUGGGUAAAAACCGUCCUUAAGACUGUGUCCACAUUUAUAACAAAGACGUGAACUCUUCUUCACGUCCGUCCAGGUGUUACAUCACUCUGUCCCAGGCUCUGGGCAUGAGUAUGGGCGGAGCUCCGGCUGGUCCCGCAGGAACAGGUAACACAGCACCAAACAACCUCAGCUCCUCCUCACUGAGCACAGCUUCAGUUCUGGUUCUGGUUCUGGUUGUUUCCAGGUAAGACGGAGACCACCAAAGACAUGGGUCGCUGUCUGGGGAAGUACGUGGUGGUUUUCAACUGUUCAGACCAGAUGGACUACAGAGGACUGGGCCGCAUCUACAAAGGUGUGUGAGAGAGGUCACCUCACCUGUGCUGGUGCGGCGGUAUGACCCCCAGUUUCCACCUUCCUCCUGAACGUCUCCUAAAAGGUCGUAUCCUCCGAUCGUAGCUGAUCGUAACCAUUCAAGUUAACGUGUCAAUUUACACCGACUUCUUUCCGUUCCUCUGCGGAUCGCCGGACUCCUCAGCUGAUCACAAGAGUUCUAUUUUUUCUGGACGCCGGAGCAUGGCGGAUAAAUUCAGCACAGAUUAACCCGUGCUGGAAAGGAAGUCGGGCACAGACUUCAAAAUAAAACAUCCGGCUUCUUUUCAAAAUAAAACACUCCGUGUUUCAGGAGGAUCGUAUUUCACACCAUGCAAACGGGCGGAGACGAACAAGUGAAAGGUUUUUAGACGUCAUUUCAACCCGAUGACACCAUGGAUGAGGAGAUGCUGAUUCUAGAAGUCUAGAAGUAGAUUUCCUCCUCUGGAAGGACACAAUCUACUGCUUAUAUGUCUAUGUGUCUGUCUCUAGAGAGACAACUCGUUAUCGAUUGAACGUGAAUCCCCGGGUUCUUGUGAGUCCUCGCGAUUCCUGCUGUCUGUACUCCGUCAUUAAAUUUGUCUCACAGACAGAUCCGGUAGAAAUUGGCGGACGGAGCCAUUCUGGAUGUGUUGAAAAUUGGGGGUGAGAAGUGUCUUGUUUUGACUCGUCUCAAAGACUACGGUCCUCUGGUUUUUAUGGUCUGCAGGUCUGGCCCAGUCCGGAGCCUGGGGCUGCUUCGAUGAGUUUAACCGGAUUGAGUUGCCCGUUCUGUCUGUGGCCGCUCAGCAGAUCUACAUCGUCCUGCAGUGUAAGAAGAACAAGAAGAAACAGUUCAUCUUCACGGACGGGGACGUGGUCGACAUGGACCCUGAGUUCGGCAUCUUCCUCACCAUGGUAACCAAAAUGAGACGGGUUUCCUGUUUUUAUUCAUUCUGUUACAGCCGUGAUCCAAACUCUGAAACUAACAAAUCAGAGGAACUAUCCCUCCAAACAUCUAAGCCCAUGCAGAGUCUUGUCCUUUCACGGGUUGAACUGGACCGGCUUAUCUGUAUGAUGCAGACUCUCCUGUCAGAAAUGGUCUAACCACACUGGACUCAGAAACACCUGUACUGUACUAAGUCUGAGAUUUCUGAUCCAUGAAGUCCAGGAUGACAGAUGUAGAUUAUUGAAGAACCGAUGAGCUCUGGACCACAAAGUUCUGGACGUUAACAUGAACUUCUCUCCUCCAGAACCCCGGCUACGCAGGGCGCCAGGAGCUUCCUGAAAACUUAAAGAUCCAGUUUCGGACCGUAGCCAUGAUGGUGCCGGACCGGGCCAUCAUCAUGAGGGUCAAACUAGCCAGUGCGGGUUUCCGUGACAACCAGGUGCUCAGCAGGAAGUUCUACACUCUGUAUAAGCUGUGUGAGGAGCAGCUCUCCAAACAGGUGCGUAGAACUGACCAUGAAACAGUUUCUAACUACAGUCAGAACUUCUGAUCACACCUGAUCCUGGUCCAGGUCCACUACGACUUCGGACUGAGGAACAUUUUGUCUGUUUUGAGGACGCUGGGAGCCGUGAAGAGAUCCAACCCAUCAGAGGCCGAGAAGACGGUGGUGAUGAGGGUUCUGAGAGACAUGAACCUCUCCAAACUGGUCUGUUAGCUGUCUGACGUCUUUAGAGGUGGCCCCCUGCUGGCCGUUAGAAUAAUGCGACAGAGUUACCUGUGAGUCAGCACUGACUCAGUCUGUGUGUCUGCAGGUGGACGAGGACGAACCUCUCUUCAUGAGUCUCAUCAACGACCUCUUCCCUGGUAUCGGUACGUGUCCACCUCUGAGUCAAGAACCAGAGACCCCCAAGAGUCUCACUCCAAACCUCUUUAUUCUGUCUGUCAGUCUGUUUGUUCGCAGUGAGACUUUUUUACUCAGGGUUCGACUCUAACUUUGUUCACAUGUUCUCCUCUGCAGUCCUGGAUAAAGCUGGAUACCCUGAUCUGGAGUCGUCCAUCUCCAGUCAGGCUCAGCAGGCCGGUCUGAUCCCUCAUCCUCCCUGGAUCCUCAAACUGGUCCAGCUCUACGAGACGCAGAGAGUCCGACACGGUACAGGAACUAACAGACUCCGUAGUCCUGGUCAGGUGGUGCUAACUCCUCCUCCUUCUUAAAUUUAGAGGAGGGUCUAACUUACCCGUGGUCCUGCAGGUAUGAUGACUCUGGGUCCCAGCGGUGCCGGGAAGACGACCUGCAUCCACACGCUGAUGAAGGCCAUGACGGAGUGCGGCUCCCCCCACAGGGAGAUGAGGAUGAACCCCAAAGCCAUCACGGCCUCGCAGAUGUUCGGCACGCUGGACGUCACCACCAACGACUGGACCGACGGCGUGUUUUCUACACUGUGGAGGAAGACGCUCAAGGCCAAGAAGGUUGAUCUUCAUGUUUCAGCUCACUCCUGAUUUGAUUCAAACUCUGUUUAAAGGUCAUAUGAGUAACUCUGUGUGUGUGUGUGUGUGUGUGUGUGUGUGUGUGUGUGUGUGUGUGUGUGUGUGUGUGUGUGUGUGUGUCAGGGGGAGUACAUCUGGAUCGUUCUGGACGGACCAGUCGACGCCAUCUGGAUUGAGAACCUGAACUCAGUCCUGGACGACAACAAAACUCUGACACUGGCGAACGGAGACCGGAUCCCCAUGGCGCCCUGCUGCAAGGUGACAUCACCAGAACCAUCUGUCAGUCAUAGUUCAGGUUUCAGUGAGCUGGGUCCUGAAUCCUAGUCCAGGUUUAUGAAGGAUCUGAGUCUAGUGUGUGACCUCCUCCAGGUUGUGUUUGAGCCCCACAACAUCGACAACGCCUCCCCCGCCACGGUGUCCAGGAACGGGAUGGUGUUCAUGAGCUCCUCGGUCCUGGGCUGGAGCCCCAUCCUGCAGGCCUGGUUACAGACUCUACCUGAACCCCAGGCCGAGGUUCUGAAACUCUGCUUCACCUGCUGCUACCAGGUGAGGACCAGAAGACUCAGACCAUGUGAGAGAGGACAUCAGAGACUUUCUUACACUCACUCAGUGACUCACUAAUAAAACACGAUCGUCCUCUAAAAACCCAUUUGGUCUACAGGCCCUGCUGGACUUUGUGUCCACUGCUGUGUCUCCAAAGAUGCAGGUCCUGGAGUGUAUGUACAUCAAACAGACCAUCGACCUGCUGCAGGUACGACUCAGACGCUACGGGAUUUGACUCUUUGAAUCUUUGAGUCUUUGAUUCUUUGACUAUUUGAUUUUUUGACUCUGUAACUCUUAGACUCUUUAAUUCUUUGACUUUAUGACUUCUUGACUCUAUGACUCCUUUACUCCAUGACUCUGGUGACAAUUUGACUCUAUGAUUCUUUGACUCUGUGAUUCUUCGAUUCUUCGAUUCUUUGACUCUUUGACUCUUUGACUCAGUCUUUAGUUCAGACACGAUCAUGGCUCGUCGAUGGCGUCUGUGUUUUCAGGGUUUGCUUCCCACAGUGGAGGACAAACAGGGGUCUCAUGGAGACGUGGGUCGACUCUUCGUGUUUGCGGUGAUGUGGUCUCUGGGGGCGCUGCUGGAGCUGGACGACAGAGCCAAGAUGGAGUCUUUUCUGAAGGUGAGGACCUGGACUUCCUGUGGGGGGCGCUUUUGUUUCAUUAAGUUGAAUUGAUGCUUAGAAGUCUCCAGAACAUCUGCAGAGAUUUCUGCAGGUUUGUUGGUUGUAGUGUGUGACAUGUCCUCUAGGGGGCUCUAAGCACCUCUGUCUGUUGUUGUUGUGUGUCUGUGUGCAGAGUCUGGGCUCGUCUCUGGACCUGCCCCACACCCAGGAAGAUCAGACCAUCUUUGAGUUCACGGUGGACGAGCAGGGACAGUGGGAGCACUGGUCCAAGAAGGUCUGUGGGUGUUUGUACACAGGGAUGAGGAAGUCCAGAACUCCUUUAGGUCCUUUAGCAGCACAUUUAAACCCCAGAUCCGACAAAACCACGUCCCCUAUGUAAACCGGUAAAAACAGGGUCCCUCUUUGUCUUUCAGGUCCCAGACUAUGUCUACCCAAAGGACCACGUCCCAGACUACUCGUCCAUCCUGGUUCCUAACGUGGACAACGUGAGGACGGACUUCCUGAUGCAGACCAUCAUGAAGCAGAAGAAGGCCGUGCUGCUGAUCGGGGAGCAGGGAACCGCCAAGACCGUCAUGAUCAAAGUGAGGCUCAAAGAUGGAGGUGGAGCAGGUUCCUGUUGAGGAGGAGAAGGUCUCUGGAUCAUCUGACCUCCACCUGGAUGGUUACGCUGACGGUGCGUCUCUUGCUCCCCCUGCAGGGCUACACCAGCAAGCUCGACCCGGAGCUCCACCUCAGUAAGACCCUGAACUUCUCCUCGGCCACGCUGCCCAGCAUGUUCCAGAGAACCAUCGAGAGCUACAUCGAUAAACGCAUGGGCGCCACCUACGGGCCGCCAGCUGGACGCAGGAUGACGGUCUUCAUCGAUGACAUCAACAUGCCCGUCAUCAACGAAUGGGGAGACCAGGUCUGCUGCAGACUCUCUCUGAUUGGUCAACGUCUCUCCUUGUGUCGGCUGUGAUGAAGUUUGACACUGUUUGUUGAUCCCGCCCUCUUAACCAAUCAGAGUGUUGAUAUUUUGUCUGUCCCCGCCCAUUUCCCUCAGAUAACCAAUGAGAAUGUGCGGCAGCUGAUGGAGCAGGGAGGUUUCUACAGCCUCGAUCGUCCAGGAGAGUUCAUCUCUGUGGUGGAUGUUCAGGUGAGUCGUGGAUCAUCUUUAACCCCUCAGCCCAACAGUGGCGCCGAAAUCAGACGUGGUCGUAGCAGCGGCGGUACCCGGCGUGGGUUUGAGGAGCGUUAUUUCAGAUUUCAAACAUCAGCGCUCUUUUCUUGAGGGUCUGCUGAACCGCCAUUUCUGAGCGGGUUUUACAGAGUCGACUCCUCCUCCUCGUGGUUAAAUCAAUCUGAGAAAACUAACGCUGCUCUCAACAGUUGGCGGCAGCCAUGAUCCACCCGGGCGGCGGACGGAACGACAUCCCUCAGCGCCUGAAGAGGCAGUUCUCCAUCUUCAACUGCACGCUGCCCUCCAACUCCUCCAUCGAUAAGAUCUUCAGCACCGUGGCUCUGGGAUAUUUCUGCCCAGAGAGAGGAUUCCCCGACGCCGUCUGCCAGCUCGCCGCCGCCCUCGUACCCACAACCAGAAGGGUGUGGCAGGCGGUGAAGGCCAAGGUAAAAAUCUGUAACAUUCAGAGACUAAAGCUGAGUCCACAGCUGACCAGAUGUUGACUUUGGAUCUGUGUCUCCUCAGAUGUUACCGUCUCCAGCAAAGUUCCACUACAUCUUCAACCUGAGGGACCUGAGCAGGAUCUGGCAGGUCUGAGGCUCACCCGGGUUUAUCUCACUGAUGGUUUCAGGUUGAGUUCAGGACUCUCUGGUCUUCUGUGGUGUCCCAGCGUCUCUGUGGAUCUUGUUUUGUUUCAGGGGAUCCUGACGGUCACGUCUGAGGUGUGUCAGAGCCCGGAGCUCCUCUCGGCUCUUUUCCGUCAUGAAUGUUGUCGAGUGAUCGCCGACAGAUUCAUCGACAGCAGCGACCGACAGACCUUCAGCAGCAUCGUGGAGAAGGUGGGUGAUGAAGGACAGAGGGACAGCAGGAAGGACAGUGAGGAAACCUUUGCCGACAACUAAAUGAAGUCUUUUACCAAUACUGAUGUUAUCCUUAUUUUGUCCACGCGGGGGCGCCAAAAUCAGCACAAACCAAAAAUUCCUCACAGGAGCUUUAAAUCCACAGAAACUCUCAGACGUGUCCUUCUCCACGGCGCCUCUUUGUCACAUGAUCAGAACAUCACAGAUUCUGGUUUUCACCCCGCCUCCUCUCCCUCAGAUCACAGUGGAGGAUCAUGGGAGAUCAGUGACAGAGCAUGCUCAGUGGGACAGCUGCUUUGUGGACUUUCUUCGUGAAGCUCCAGAGGCGACGGGAGAAGAACCUGAAGACGCUGAGCUGGAGGCUCCAAAAGUAAAUCUGUCCUCAGACCUUCUCCUUCUUCUUCUUCUUCUUCUUCUUCUUCUUCUUCUUCUUCUUCUUCUUCUUCUUCUUCUCAAACAUCAUCAGAAGUUUUACUUUAUAUCCUCGUUUCUGACUCGUCUGUUUGAAGGAUCUGCAGCAGCGUGUUUAUCAAAGUCAGCUGUUAACUCUCUGAUCUGGGCCUCAGGUGUAAAUCUAGACUAGAUGGUCUUCCUCUGGUCCUCCUCACUGUAGCUCAGAACAUUUAGAGGACUACAGGAGAGCUCUGAUGGAUGUACUCAGAUGUUCUCACUGAAGAUUGAUGUGAUUGACAGGUGUAUGAGCCAAUCCCAUCAUUGGACGCCCUGGCCGAGCGGCUCUCUGUUUUCCAGCUGCUGUACAACGAGGCGAUAAGAGGCGGAGCCAUGGACCUGGUCUUCUUCAAGGUAAUAAUCUUGAUGGACGGUCCUGUUGGGGGUCAGAGGUCAAAGGUCCAAAUUCGUCCUGAUUCUUAUUUUAAAAAAUCCCACCAGAAGCUGCAGGAGGAGACAUGUCGCUCUCGUUAUAUGACCCUCUGUGUCCCCCAAUGACAGGACGCCAUGACCCAUCUGAUGCGGAUCUCUCGGAUCCUGCGCACGCCGCAGGGAAACGCCCUGCUGGUCGGGGUGGGGGGGUCGGGGAAGCAGAGCCUGACGAGGUUGGCGUCCUUCAUCGCCGGGUACCAAACCUUCCAGAUCACACUGACCAGGUCUGAGACACACCCACCUCCACCGAGUCAUCCAAUCACAGCUGAGAAAUACUUCAUCAUCGGGGUUUCAUGUGUGUGUGUGUGUGUGUUUGUGUUUGUGUGUGUGUGUGUGUGUGUGUGUGUGUGUGUGUGUGUGUGUGUGUGUGUGCAGGUCUUACAGCUGCACUAACCUGCUGGAGGAUUUUAAAGCUCUGUAUCGGAUAGCCGGUCAGCGAGGACGAGGAGUCACCUUCCUGUUCACCGACAACGACAUUAAAGACGAAGCCUUCCUCGGUACCUGAGCGCGUUUUUACAGAAUCUGCAGAUGAACUUCAGUGACUGAUUUAGUUUCUCUUUUGUUCUUUAAACGUCAGUAAAGGUUUGAGAAGUGUUCGUAAACUCUUUCCAGACGUCUGUUGUUAGUUUCUCUUUGUCUAAAACUUUCCCAGAAUGAAUCUCAGCUGCUUUAGUUCACGGCUCAGUCUUCUGGUUUCUGCAGAUCUGAUGUUUUUUUUCUGUUUCUGGUUCAUCCUCUGAGGAGCAGGAGCGUGAUCAGUGAACGACUCAGAAAUAUGUUUAAAAGAAGAUUAACUCUGUCGUCUGGAGAAAAUGAACAUCCAUGUCCUGAGAAGCUUUGUCCUGCUCGCCGUCCAUUUCUCUGCAGAGUACAUGAACAACGUCCUGGCGAGCGGCGAAGUUUCCAACCUGUUCGCCCGUGACGAGCUGGACGACAUCACCCAGGACCUGAUUCCCGUCAUGAAGCGACAGCACCCUCGCCGGCCUCCGACCUCCGAGAACCUCUACGACUUCUUCCUGUCCCGGGUGCGGAGCAACCUCCACGUCGUCCUCUGCUUCUCGCCCGUCGGGGAAAAGUUUCGGACCCGCGCCUUAAAGGUGAGGAGAAGAUGUCGGACUUCAACAGAACCGACCAGAAACACAGAGUCCGUGUCUGUGACCUUUGACCUGAUCAGUUCCCAGGUCUGAUUUCGGGCUGCACCGUGGACUGGUUCCAGCGCUGGCCCCGGGACGCCCUGGUGGCCGUAUCGCAUCACUUCCUGUCUCAUUACCAGGACCUCCGCUGCUCUGAGGACGUAAAGCAGAGUGUGGUGGUUACCAUGGGAACCUUCCAGGUAGUGCUCCCUGUGUUAUCAAGUGUUCAUCAUCAUCAUGUUGACCUGACUGAUCACGUGACCUCUGUCUUCCUGUAGGACCUGGUGGCGGAGAAAUGCGCCGAGUAUUUCGAACGAUUCAGACGUCAAAAUUUCGUGACGCCAAAGUCGUACCUGUCCUUCAUCGACAGCUACAAGCUGAUCUACGCGGAGAAGAUCGCUCAUGUGGGCACGCUCGCCGAGCGCAUGAAGACAGGUCAGACCGCGGCGCUUAGAGACGCCAGUUAGAGACAGAUGCUGACGUAGAAAUUAAACGUAUUCGUUAGUAAAAGUGUAAAUAUUCUCCUGCUGCUCCACCCUCGUCUGAACUCUUCUACAUUUACCGUCUGUGUUUUUUUAAUUUCUAGUUUUUAAUAAUUAUCUCGAUAAUGUCGUCAUGGUGAUAUUUCAUGGUCACAAUAAUGGUGAGAUACUGCGACAGCUUCAGUCACGUGUGUCGUCGUCUUCGUCGUCUGCAGGUCUGUGUAAACUGAUGGAGGCGGAGCAGUCGGUGUCUCAGCUCUCUGAGGAGCUGGAGGUGAAGGAGCAAGAGCUCGCCGGCGCCUCCCAGAGGGCAGAUGGAGUCCUGCAGGAGGUCACCGCUAAGGCUCAGGCUGCCGAGAAGGUUCAACACCGCACACAGACAAAUAUCGAUCUAACCGCAGGUCAAAGGUCACGUCUGAUGAUCAGCUGUGAGAGUCGCAGAGUUUUAAAAAUACAGUUAUUAUAGUUUUACAGUAAAAUCCACUCAGUCUGUGAGACCAGCAGCUUCUCACUGAUAAACUCUGUAAGAUAGAGGAAGAAAGAGAUGAACCCUUUCAAAAUAAAAGCCCUUUUUCACUACCACAGGAUAAUAAAGUCACUGUAGUUAAAAAUAAAGAAAAAUAAAAGCCUCAGAUUCGUAUCAUAAGUUAACUGUAUGAUUAUAACCUGAAGACUCCGCCCCCUCGGUGUUUCCAGGUGAAGCAGCAGGUGCAGAAGGUGAAGGAUAAAGCUCAGCUCAUCGUCGAUGAGAUUGAAGCCGAUAAAUCUGCAGCAGAGACCAAACUGGAGGCUGCGAAACCUGCUCUGGAGGCUGCUGAGGCCGCGCUGCAGGUCACACACACACACACACACACACACACACACACACACAGAGUUUGAUCUCUUCUUCUGCCAGCAGAGGGCGCUGAAACUGCAGCUCUGCUCUGGAUGAUUGAUUUAUCGAUUGUCUCCUCAGACGAUCAAACCGGCGGACAUCGCCACGGUGAGGAAGCUGCAGAAACCUCCUCACCUCAUCAUGAGGAUCAUGGACGCCGUGCUGCUGCUCUUCCAGAGGAAGGUCUCCGUCUGCUCUGCUCUCAAAUAUUCUCUGAAAUAUAAAAUCUGACUGAAGCUCCACCUCUAAAGCUUUUUUUUGUUUGUGUUUGAUUUUCUCAGAUCGACACCGUGACCUCUGACCCUGAACGCUCUUGUCCAAGACCUUCGUGGGCUGAAGCGAUGAAGCUGAUGCAGAACUCGGCCUUCCUCAGCAUGCUGCUCAACUUCAGCAAGGUCCAAAAACACACUUUAAAAGAUCUUUACAGAUUUUUAAACUUUGCUCCUCAGCUGGUCGGUCAGAGUGACGUCUUCUUACCGAGACGCUGAGACAGAAAACAGGCAGGAAAUCCACAAACACUUCAACUUUACAAACACCUAAAAAAAGGUCUUUUCUUUCUUUGACCUUUAUCGUUUUCCUCUCGUCCUUUUUUAAGAAACAGGCAGAAAUCUGGAAAACUGAUACCACUGUAAUAACAAACUGUCUUUAUGAAAAUACCGUCAACAGGAAGAGGAAACUCCAAAAAAACUCAAAUUAUUUACGAAGACAUGAGUCCAUAAAAGUCCAAAACAAACAAAUUGAUACAGAGCGGGGACAUGGACAAAGACGAGGCUUUACAGAGUCAGAAACAGGCGGAAAAUGGAGACGGACAAACUUUCAAAUCAGUCACAAAUAGAGUGAAACAGUUUUUUCAGGAGGUUUCAGUCCCUGAGUGAGCAGUCGUCUUAGUCACUGUCCUGAAAAGACGGGACGAGGACUGAGACUCACUGAGACUGUGGACAUGUGCAGAAACAGGCAGCGCUGACAGACGGACAAAAACAGUCAUCAACAGUCUGAAGAGGAGACGACUGUUUGAGAGUGUCAGAGGGAAACUCCCCUCUCAUCUGAACCCACGACAGUCAUCACCUGCUGUUAUUGUGUGUGUGUGUGUGUGUGUGUGAGUGUGUGUGUGUGUGUGUGUGUGUGUGUGUGUGUGUGUGUAUGAGCAUGAGUGUCAUACCUGCUAAGCCGUGGAUCAGCCGAGCUGGCGGUGUUCAUCAGUGUGUUUGGAAAAACCCUGAGCUAUAAUUAGGACUGUGAAGGAGGAGCAGAAACAUCAUACUGAAUCCGGCGCGUAAACAAAGCAGCAGUUUCUGAUCUUGUUUGUGUUCAUCUGAAGAUGUUAACGUCCACCUCCUAAACCCUGAGAGUCUGGAUCAUGAAGAAAGAGUUGAACUAACUUCACCGCCGUAUUUACAGGAAAAUAUAUCCAACCUGAAACUAACUUCACCGCCGUAUUUACCGGAAAAAAAACAUUUGUUGAUUUUUUUAUGCGCACAUGUGAUCCUAAAUACAUUUUACAGUUUACACACGUCUAUUUUUAUUCACGGAUGAGAGUGAAGCAGUCACACCGUCGAGUCCUUCACAUGGAGACUUGGGCCGACACGUCCAUCUUCUCUCUUACUUGUUGAUUGGUGGAUGUUAAUCGUCUCUCUGUUGAUGCAUAAAUGUCAAAGUAGGUCUGAUGGGAACUACAGACUACUACUUCAGACCUCAGACCAGGUUUUUGUGGGACACCACCUCACACUCCUGGGUGUGAACAUUGGUCCAGGUUCCUUGUUGUUCACACAGCCGAACCCUAAAUCUGUAGAAGUCAUGGGCCCCUACCCUGACAGUGACGCUUGGACAACAGAGCCCUUAAUCUCUAAUAAUCCAGAUAAUAAUCCAGAUUUGACAGAUUCCUGUCAUAGUCUGUUAGACCUGAUCUGAGGACACCUGUCUGUUUGGACCUCAGGACUCCAUCACAGAGGAGGUGGUGGAGCUGAUGACUCCUUACCUGGAGAUGGAUGACUACAACCUGGACUCAGCCAAGAGGAUCUGCGGAAACGUGGCGGGUCUUUGCUCCUGGACUCAGGCCAUGGCUGACUUCUUCGCCAUCAACAAGGAGGUGUUACCGCUGAAGGUACCUGAGGGGGUUUCUGAGGGGUUUCUGAUAAAACCCGGUCCGUGGAUCAAAGCUCUUUCCCGUGUGUUCGUCAUGCAGGCUAACCUGACCCUCCAGGAGGCUCGCCUGGUGGUCGCUCAGACUGAACUGGCCAAAGCUCAGGAACAGCUGGACGCCAAGCAGCAGGAGCUGGACGCCGUUCAGGUCAGGAACCAUUCAGACUUUUUUGUUUUUUGAUAUUCAUCUACAUUUCAGAACAAACAUGAAGUUUGACCAAGUACGUGAAGACGAGAUGUUUCCUGAUCUCCAGGCGCUCUACGACGCCGCCAUGAAGGAGAAGCAGGACCUGGAGGACGACGCCCAGGCCUGCCGCCGCAAGAUGGCCAACGCCAAGGCUCUGAUCGACGGGCUGGGAGGAGAGAAGGUCAGCGUCCGACCUCUCCAUCAUCCAUCCAUCAUCCAUCCCUCCCUCUCUGGUCUGACUCUCUCUGGUCUUGUUUUGUUCUCAGGUCCGUUGGACUGACAGCAGCGCCGGUUUCCAGACCCAGAUCUCUCACCUGGUGGGGGACGUCCUCCUGUCAGCUGGUUUCCUGUCCUACUCUGGACCCUUUAACCAGGAGUACCGCGGUCUUCUGCUGGAGCUGUGGAAGAGAGAGAUGGAGGAGAAGAAGAUCCCCUUCAGUCCUGUGAGACGCCCCACCAACACGCUGUUACUGUCUGAGUGAUCAAUACGUCCUUUGAUUGAUCAUUGAUCUGUGAAAGGUUUAGAGUCUGGACCUCUUUAGAGGAGGAGGACCACCUCACCAGGUCUUAGGAGUCUUUGUGUUCUGCUGCAGGACCUGAACGUGAUCGGUCUGCUGGUGGACAACGCCACGGUCAGCGAGUGGAACCUGCAGGGUUUACCCAGCGAUGACCUCUCCAUCCAGAACGGCAUCGUGGUGACGAAGGCGUCCCGCUACCCGCUGCUGAUAGACCCCCAGGGUCAAGGCAAGACCUGGAUCCAGAACAGAGAGAGAGACCAGCAGCUCCAGGUCAGGACCAGGAGGGUUUUGGGGGCAUCAACUGUGUUAAGGGAUCUUUGAGGAUCACAGUUUUUGGGACCUGAGUCCUAAAUCUGUGUGCGCCCCCUGCUGGUGAGAAAUAUAAGAAGGAGGAAACUUGAACAGAUCUGAACUUUCUCUGUUUCAGGUCACGUCUCUGAAUCAUAAAUAUUUCCGCUCACACCUGGAGGACAGUCUGUCUCUGGGGCGCCCCCUGCUGCUGGAAGAUGUUGGUGAGGAGCUGGACCCUGUCCUGGACAACAUCCUGGACAAGAA